CUCCAUAGCUGACAGCCCACCCCCAAGACCGCGUAUUCAUUAAAUCCAUUCUCCCCUCCUCCAAAUCCCCCCCUGUCUACAUACUCUACCGGACAUCCACCCACCUUUCUCUCUCUCACCACCGCAACAACCGCCCAACCCCCCAUCCUUUACCUCAAGGACAACCAAAAAUGCCCACCCCCACAAUCCUCCUCAUCCCCGGCUUCUGGGAAGGUCCCACUGUCUACACCGAGCUGGCCACCCUCCUCACGGCCGCCGGCUACCCCGUGGAGACCACCGCCCUCCCCAGCACCGGCACCCUCUCGCCGGGCAACCCGACCAUGAAAGACGACAUCGCCGCCCUCCGCGCCGCCAUUUCUCGGCUCGUCGCCCGCGGCGACUCCGUGGUGCUCGUCCUGCACUCAGCCGGCGGGUUCCUGGGCAGCGAAGCCAUGCAAGGCCUUGCUCGCGGCGACGGCGAAGGCGGCGACGGCGGCGUCAUCGGGAUCGUGUUUCUGGCGGCCGCGGUGUUCCCCGAAGGGUUUGAGCAUGCGCCGGUGCCGUUUGCUUUUGUGGAGGGCGGCGCAUCGUACUGUGCGAACCCCGAGAAGCUGCUCUUCGGGGAUCUGUCGGAGGAGGCGCAGAGGACGUGGGUGGCAGUGCUCAGGGCCCAGCCGGCGCGGGGGUGGGAUGGCACGGUCGAGUAUGCCGGGUGGCGGGAUGUGCCCAGUGUGUAUCUGGUUUGUGAGGGGGAUCGGGCUUUGCCCGUGGGGUUGCAGGAACAGUUGGCGGCCACGGCGGGGAGUCGGGUUGAGCGGUGCAGUGCGGGCCAUGUGCCGCAGGUUGGCCAGCCGGAGAGGGUGGCUGAGGUGGUUUUGGGGGCGGUUGCGGAGUUUACGAGGUCGUGAGUUGGGGGGGAUCGCUGCUAUGGGUGUUAUAUAAUACAUAGUAUAUGGGGUAGGCCUGGCGUCUGCGGAUGAUGCUGCCAGGUGACGCUGACGAUCUCGUGC